CCAAAAUUUAAUGUCUUUAAUUCACUUUGGGCUAGAGUUUAAACUGUGAACAAACUAAACAUUGAAGAUUCACUGUUAGAAGCUAUGUGUCAGAAGAAAGAGUUCUUGAUUGUAUUUGUUGCGUUUAUUGUCCCAUUUUGCAGUUCCAUGGAUACCAUUUCCUUCAACCAAUCUCUCAAAGAUGGAGAGUUGUUAAUCUCUUCUGGUAAAUCCUUUGCUUUGGGUUUCUUUGGGAAUUCCCCUGGAAAACGCUACGUCGGAAUUUGGUACAACAAUGUUCCUGAACUAACUGUUGUUUGGGUUGCCAACAGAGACAACCCCAUCAAUGGCACAUCUGGGAUUCUCACCAUCGAUUCUACUGGAGAUCUCGUUAUACUCGACAUGAAACCACAAGUUUCAGCCUGGAGAACAAAUGUUUCUUCAGCUACGAAACGAGCAGACUCGUACACUGGUAAGCUGUUCGAUUCAGGGAAUUUCGUGUUGUUUCAAGACUCAAAAAUGGAUGUUGUUGAAUGGCAAAGCUUUGAUUAUCCUACCAAUACUCUACUUCCUUCAAUGAAAUAUGGGAUAGACAAGAGAACGGGUUUGAACCGGUUUCUAACAUCAUGGAAAUCGCUGAACGAUCCAGGCACCGGAGAGUAUCGUUACACGAUGGAGCUCAAUGGGACACCUCAACUUUUCAUGUACAAGAGUUCUAGCAGGAUAUGGCGGGCUGGAUCCUGGACUGGUCAUGGUUGGAGUGGUGUACCAGAAAUGAACCGAAGAUCCAUCAUCAGCAUCAGUUAUGUGGACAAUGAUACCGAGGUUUCCUUGACAUAUGGCAUACCCGACACUUCACUAAUCUCAAGAAUGGUCCUGAAUGAAUCUGGGAUCUGGAACCGGGUAAACUGGCAAGAGAGUGAGCAAAAAUGGGUGCAAAUGUGGUCUUCUCCGAAGGACCCUUGUGACAAUUAUGAACAUUGUGGAGCAUUUAGCAAUUGCAAUCUGUUCAAUUUGGGGGAAUUUGAAUGCAGUUGUCUUCCAGGGUACGAGCCAAAGCUAAGCCGACAAUGGUACUUGAGAGAUGGCUAUCAUGGAUGCUUGAGGAAGAAGGAUGAGAAGGUGUGCAAUAGUGGCGAGGGUUUUUUCAAGUUGAGUCAUGUCAAAAUCCCAGACACGGGUACAGCUCAGAUGAACAAGAGCAUGAGAUUGAAGGAAUGUGAAGAGUUCUGUCUGAAGAACUGCUCCUGCACAGCCUAUGCAAGUGCUAAUAUUAGUGCAGGAGGAAGUGGAUGCAUCACUUGGUAUGGUGAGUUGAGAGACAUAAAACAAUUUACAGAUGGGGGCCAAGAUUUCUAUAUUAGAGUAUCUGCAUCUGAUUUUGCUCAACUCUCCAAGAAUUCAAAUAGCCAUUAUAGGAAAAGAGUGAUAGAGAUUCUAGUAGGGUCUGCUGCAGCAAUAAUUUUUGCACUCUCAGUGGCAUGCUGUUUGGUGAUCAAGAAAAGGAGAAAUGCUAAGAAGAGAAGUAAAAGUUUAGCAUCCUAUGAGGGCAUGGAUGAAAGUGAAGCUGCAGAAAUCUCAAUCUUUGAUCUAAGCGCAAUAAUUAAUGCCACUGAGAAUUUCUCCGAUGCUAACAAACUUGGUAAAGGAGGAUUUGGUAGCGUAUACAAGGGUCACCUGAAAGAUGGAAAAGUAAUAGCUGUCAAAAGACUUUCAGAAACUUCAGGGCAAGGAACGGAGGAGUUCAAGAAUGAAGUCACACUAAUUGCAAAACUUCAGCACAGAAAUCUUGUGAGGCUUUUAGGUUGUUGUGUUCAACGAGGAGAGAAGAUGUUGGUUUAUGAAUACUUGCCAAACAAAUCCUUGGACAGUUUUAUUUUUGAUAAAACAAAACGGUCUUUGUUGGACUGGGGAAAAAGGUUUGAAAUCAUCCUUGGGAUUGCGCGAGGGAUGUUAUACCUUCACCAAGACUCUAGAUUAAGAAUUAUUCAUAGGGAUCUAAAAGCAAGCAAUGUUUUACUCGAUGCCUCCAUGCAACCAAAAAUAUCAGACUUUGGAAUGGCCAGAAUUUUUGGAGGUGACCAAAUUGAAGCAAACACAAAUUGAGUUGUUGGAACAUAUGGUUAUAUGUCACCUGAAUAUGCGAUGGUAGGGCACUUUUCAGCAAAGUCUGAUGUUUUCAGUUUCGGGGUUUUGUGUUUGGAGAUUAUCACUGGCAGAAAGAACAACAGUCAUUACGAUCAGGAGCAAUCUCAACAUU